UUCCGAUAACAAUUAUAAUAAUUUGGUUUUGGCGUAGGCUCACAGCGAUGGUCACGUCACAGAAGCCAUUACCUUCUCUUCUCACAAUUCAGAUCCUUAUUUUUGAACCCUCAAACCCUUCCCUCAAAUUCACCCUUUCGUUUCCCUCUUUCUUCAAUAGCCCUUCUUUCUUUCUGGUCGCAAUCUCAAUUGGUAUGUGAUUCAGAAUCAGAAGAAAAUCGAAUGGUCCUUUUCUUCCUCUAAUCGAUUAAAAUGAAGGCAGGGAGUGCUGCCAAGUUGAUCGUCGACGCUCUGCUUCAGCGCUUCCUCCACCUCGCACGGCGUCGUAUCGAAACCGCUCAAGCACAGGAUGGGCAAUACCUGCGACCAUCUGAUCCGGCCUACGAGCAGGUCCUAGAUUCCCUCGCAAUGGUCGCGCGCCACACUCCUGUUCCUCUGUUGGAAGCUUUGUUGAAGUGGAGGGAGAGUGAAUCUCCCAAGGGUGCCAAUGAUGCAUCGACAUUCCAAAGAAAGCUUGCAGUGGAGUGCAUAUUUUGCUCAGCAUGCAUACGCUUUGUGGAGUGUUGUCCACAAGAAGGACUUACUGAGAAACUGUGGUCUGGGCUCGAAAAUUUUGUUUUUGACUGGUUAAUUAAUGCUGACAGGUAUUUCUGUUGUCGAUGAUAAUAGGAACACUGUAGUAUGUUCAUAGUUGGUGAAAAUAUUUUUUUAAUAAAGCAAAUGAUUGAUGUCUGAAUUAUAAGAUAUAGGGUUCUCC